AAAGGAGUCAUUCAGUAGAGUUUGAGCGGCCGUGACGCUCGCAUCAGACCCGCAUGCAGAAUUCGCUGCAUCUCGGCAAGAUCGAUUUUCCAACGCGCGACUCAACAAGUUGCUCCGGAGACCACAAUCAUGGCCAGAUUGCUGUUGCUCGCCUUGCCGAUCCUGAUGAGCGGCGACGCGAUUCAUGCGAUGAUAAAACAAUCCAGUUACUGGCAAUUACGGAGGCAAUUGCUAAUGGACGAGAAACGGCAGUCGUUGGGCGGCGAUUUGGAAUUGGGGCCCGUCGAAACCAAAGCUAAUCAGGUCCUGAUGGCGGCCAAGGAUCUAGAGAUCUACAAUGGUUUCCACAACGACAGUUUCCUGCCGGCGCGGAAUUUUAUGGAGGUGAUACCGGAAAUCGAAAAAUCCCAGGUCUUCAAGAUCCUGCGCGACCUACCCAAAGGCGGCAUCCUCCACUGCCACGACACCGCUAUCGUCUCCCACGACUACAAGCUGCACAAUAUCACUUACCGCGACAACUUGUACAUCUGCGACGAGAACGGCACCCUGCACGCCAGGUUCUUUGACGCUCCCGACGACAAGUGCGACUGGCGAUUGCUGAGCGACUUGCGACAGGACCCGAAGCAGGCUGACGCCAUCAACGAUAGAAUCGCGAAGGAGAUGACGAUGAUAACGCAAAAUCCUCGGAACGCCUACGACACCGUUGAUAAGGCGUGGAAGAAGUUCAACAGAAUCUUCAGCUUCAUCACGCCCAUGCUGACCUACAAACCCGUCUACGAGGACCAGUUCUACCAGGCCCUGCAGGAGUUCUACGAUGACAACGUCAUGUACGUGGAAGUGCGAACGACCUUGGCCACGUUGUACGAUCUCGAUGGCAAGACGUACAGCCCGCUGGAAACCGUGCAGAUCCACAAGGACAUCGCCGAGAGAUUCACGAACGACCAUCCCGAUUUCAUCGGUGUUAAGCUCAUAUACGCCCCGUCUCGAGCCGUUGACGUCGAACAAGUGGACAAUUAUCUGGAAAUAAUGGCGCAGCUGAGGAAACGUUACCCGAACUUCGUGGUUGGUUUCGACCUGGUCGGCCAGGAGGACAAAGGCCAACCCCUCAUCGCGUUCGCGGACAAGCUGAACUCCGUCGACCCGCAAAUUCAGUUCUUCUUCCACGCCGGGGAAACCAACUGGAACGGAUGGUCCACCGACAUGAAUAUCCUCGACGCUUUCUUGCUCAACACUAGACGCAUCGGCCACGGGUACGCGUUGACGAAGCACCCGCUCCUGUGGGAUCUCGUGAAGCAUCUGGGAAUCGCCGUAGAGGUCUGCCCCAUCUCGAAUCAGGUUCUCGGCCUCGUGAACGACAUGAGGAAUCACCCGGCGGCCAACCUGUUCGCGUCGGGGUCGCCGAUGGUGAUCUCCAACGACGACCCCGCGCUCUGGGGCGCUAAAGGACUGAGCUACGACUUUUACGAGGCUUUCAUGGGCAUUAUGAGCGCGGGUUCGGAUCUCAGAAGUCUCAAGAAACUGGCGCUGAACUCGUUUGCCUACAGCAGCAUGAACAGGUCGGAGAAGCAAAACGCCAUAACCCGGUGGCAUGCCAAAUGGGACGUCUUCGUGACGAAGUUGGCCGGAUUGUCCAGCUGAGGACCGUCUGUCGGCUAAGGACGACGAAUCACGAGAGAACUAUGGAAAGUAUCUUUAGCCUCUCGGUCUCUUUAUCAGUACGCAUCAUCGAUUUAAUACAAAUACAUCGCCAGAACAGUGCCAUAUACGCGUAUAUUUAUAUUCUGAUAAUUUCACUCCUGAUGGCUUUAUCUCUGAAAUUAUCUCACCUAAUCGCUAAUUUAUCAGAAUAUAUUUGUUAGAAGAAUAUCUAAGAAAAUUAUAAUUACGCACACCGCCUUGUCAUACACCUGCGCAAAUAAAUUCUCGUGACGUAAAUCGUUAUCAGAGAUAAAACUGUUUGCGUUAAUGCAACAUGUGCUCUUAAUUCUUGCACGCAAGUUCGCGUUCACGCGCACACUCGCUUCCUCGGUAUGCUUCCGGGCGGUGUGUGUUAAUUAGUAGAAUUAUUAAAAUCGUACAUCUCUACUACCUCAUCACGUCCGUUAACGACGCGUAGGCAUCUCUUCUUUUCGCGCAUGUCCAAUAAAUUGCUCUUCCGGCGAGACUCUUCUUGCGGAACGAAACAAAGUUGAAUUCUCAUCACUACGAAGCGUGACAUGGACGGCACUUAGUCACGCUUGCGUUAAUUGUUCGACUUUCGUAAUGAUCCGGAUGCAAUUUUUACACAGGUUUGUAUACACACGAGAGUGCCGUGUAUAUAUGUUAAUAAAAUAUAUAUGUAUACGCA